UUUAUUUUGCAUUUACUGUGGAUUCUUGUGAAGGUGAGAAUAGAUUUCCUGUGGAAUAAUGCACCAUGCAUUUUUACAGAGUAGAAAAGAGACCGUGGUGAGCGGAAGGUUGUGCCGGCGGGAGCUUCUGUUAAGAAUGGAUGAAAUACUGAAGCAUAAACAUAGGCGGCCGUCGGUGCUGCGUCAUAAUCCACAAACGGCUUCCAGACAACAACAUGAUGGCAGCGGAUCUAGUUCUCUUUGUAAAGAGGAGGCCGACUUGCGUCCUUCCUGGUCAAACUCUGCUUUGAUGCUGUCAACACCAAGCCCAAGCCUCUAUCUUAUGUCAUCGAACAGAGAACGUCCAAAGCAAUCUUCAGUCAAGACCGGGAUUGAUAAUAGCAUGCUGGAGGGGAUGAGUCCCCUGUUUGUAAGCGGUCUUUGCCGCUGGCCAGGCUGUGGAACCAUGUCAGAAGAUUUCUCCUCCUUCUUAGAUUCCCAGCUUGAGUGUAAAAGCAGCCGGGAUGAGGAUCAGUGCCUCCAAAUUCUAGACCGUGGUCUUGAGUCGGAAAAAGAGUGCCUUCUCCUGGUUGGGGAGGAUGCACUGCCCCUAGUGGAGGAGUUUAAGUAUCUUGGGAUCUUGUUCAUGAAUAAGAGAAGAUGGAGCGAGAGAUCAACAGGCGGAUUGCUCGUCUUGGAGAAACAGAAACUUGUUGCGAUGCAGCUUCAUCUUUCAGAGAACAAAUACUCCAACCCGGUCAUCAGUGAAGACAGAAACCAACAGGGGGGGAUAAAAACCCCAAAUCAGUUGGUCCAACAUGACUGCACAGCCAAAGCAGCUUCCCAUCUUCUGCCAGAUCUGUUCCCGGGUAUUGAAUGCUACAAAUACAACAACAUCCGGCCUCCAUACACCUAUGCUUACCUGAUAAGAUGGUCGAUCUUGGAGUCUCCAGACAAACAGAGGACUCUGAGUGAGAUUUACAAUUGGUUUACUACCAUGUUCUUCUACUUCAGACACAACACAGCUACAUGGAAGAAUGCAAUACGUCACAAUCUGAGCCUUCACAAGUGUUUUGUACGAGUGGAAGGAGAGAAGGGAGCUGUGUGGACCGUGGAUGAACCAGAAUACCAGAGAAGAAAAGGACAGAAGUAUCACCGAGACUGCCCUGUGAAGUGGCUCACCUACUCCCAUUUCUAUGCUGAAGAGCCGGCAGCCGACAGCAGCACAGUGCCUCUCCUGUUUUCUAGAUGUUGAAGUCAUGUAUAUUCUUCUAUUCACAUUUUACUCAUCUCUUUUAUUUCUUAUUUGCAUGAUAAUAUACAUCAUGUUUUACUAUGGAAAGCUUUCAAAUCAACUACAAUUACUCACUGCAGAAAUAAAAUCUACUUUUCACGUCAUUGAAAGCUCCAGGACACAAAAUGAAGCCUUAUUGAGAU